AAUGCAUUAUUAUCCAAUAAAAAUCUUAAAAAAUUGUGGUCAUGUUACUUCCAAAGGAUUAUACUCCUUACAAGAAUGAGGAGUCGUUGCAUUAUUAUAUCAUGAUCUUGGAUUCUUAAACCCUUUUCAGAUUGCUGACAACAAUCUCGGUAUCUAUCCAUUAAUCUCUGAGGAAAUUUCGACCUCAACAUACUACGAAUACUACUACAUAUUGAGAGGGUGUUCAUUCUAUUCUAAAGUCUUACUCCCCCUCUGAAUAUGGCUUGCAAUGGGAUACCCUCCUCAUUCUUCCCUCAAAAUUUCAUGUACCAAUUACAGUCUCAAAUGGAGGAGAGCCAUCCUUUACUCCCAAUUGCUACAAUGCCACAAGAUUUCAGAGGUAUUUUGAAAUCUCCUCUUUCUUUCGAUGAGAUGGGCGUCGAAGAUGAGCUCUCUGACGACUGUUCUCAAGCUGGAGAGAAGAAGAGGAGGCUGAAUUUAGAGCAGGUGAGGACUCUGGAGAGGAACUUUGAGCUCGGAAACAAGCUUGAGCCAGAGAGAAAGAUGGAGCUGGCGCGUGCUUUGGGGCUGCAGCCGAGGCAGAUUGCUAUAUGGUUUCAGAAUCGGAGAGCGAGGUGGAAGACAAAGAAGCUUGAGAAGGAUUAUGAUGAGCUUAGAAGGGAGCUUGAGGUUGUGAAAGAGGAGAAUGAUGCAUUGCAGGAACACAACAAAAAGCUCAAAGCCGAGUUAUUGAGCCUCAAAGGCAGAGGGGGAACAGAGCCAAUAAUCAACCUCAACAAAGAGACAGAAGGCUCUUCAAGCAACAGGAGUACUGAGAAUAGCUCAGACAUCAACUUGGACAUCUCAAAGUCACCACCAAACCCUAACCAAGCCAUAGCCUACCAAUUCCUUCAUUGCCCUAAGACUGAAAACGGAAUAGCCAUCGGCCAGGAGGAGAAUUUCUGCAACAUUUUCGGCGUUGAGGAUCAAUCGGCGUUCUGGGCUUGGUCAGAGCAGCAGCAUUUCCAUUGAUUCUGAUCAGUUCUAUCCAUGGAGUACUGUAAAAAUUUGAAGUAGAUUGAGAGGGAAUUGCAUGUGCUGAGAAAUUAAAUAAAGAGUCUUCUAUUUACUAGAGAGUGGUAAGUAACAGUAAUUAUGUAAUAAUCCAAAGUAAUACUUAUUGAUAAUAAAGGGUAUAGCUCCCUAUUAACUCCUGUA